AUGUGCGUGAGUGCGGCAGCCGCCGUGGGGGCGGCGUUCCCGCCGCCUGGGGCCCCCAUCCGGUGUGCCGGCCGCCCCCAGGAGGCGGCCAAUCAGCGCCAAUCUUUGUUCCAAUCGCCGCCUUCCGGGACGCGGCGAAGUAAAACGCAGUCCGGACCUAAGUUUUUCUGCGCGUGCCGGCAGGUGCGCAACGCGACGGCGGUGUUCAUCAUCAACCUGUCGGUGUCGGACCUGUCCUUCUGCUGCUUCAACCUGCCGCUGGCCGCGUCGCUGUUCGCGCAGCGCGCCUGGACGCACGGCGACCUGCUGUGCCGGCUCUUCCCGCUCUUCCGCUACGCCCUCAUGGCCGUCUCGCUCUUCACCGUGCUCGCCAUCACCAUCAACCGAUACGUCAUGAUCGGACACCCCAGGCUCUACCCGAGGCUGUACCGGCGGCGGUGGCUGGCGCUGAUGGUGGCGUCCACGUGGCUGCUCGGCUUCGGCGCGCUGGUGCCCACGUGGCUCGGCGUCUGGGGCCGCUUCGGGCUCGACGACAAGGUGGGGUCGUGCACCAUCCUGCACGACCACAACGAGCGCACGCCCAAGGAGUUCCUCUUCAUCGUCGCCUUCGUCAUACCCUGCAUCGUCAUCGUGGUGUGUUACGCGCGCAUCUUCUACAUCGUGCGCAAGACGGCGCUCAAGUCGCGUGGCCCCCGCGGGGGCGGUUCCAGCGUGGCAGCCGCCUCCGCCAACAGCGGGGGCGGCACCGCCGCCUCCAGGAAGGCCGACGCCGCGCUCUCCUCCUCCGCAGCCAGGGCGCACGCCGUGCUGGAGAACGGCGCUGGAGCGGCGACGCGCUUGGAGGCAGGCUCCAGGCCACUGCUGCUGGACGUGCCGAGGACAGCCCACGAGCCCUCCUCCUCCUCUGGCAUCGAUGUCAGCAAUGCGGGGAGCCUGUGCGACGAGGACGACACCGCAUCUGGGGGCGGGGCCGGGGCCGGGGCCGGGGCCGGCAGCCGCAGCGGCACGCCCACCUCCCUGAGCAGCCGCGGGGGCGGCAGGAGCUGCGGGGGCCGGCGGAGGCGGCGCUCCGGCAGGUCGCCGUCCGCCGUCGCGCUCGGCUCCGCACUCUGCCAGGUGGCAGCAGUGUUUGGCAGAGGGCGCGCACCCAGCGGCAGCCCCUGCUCUGUCCGCAGAUACAGCAACAACAACCUGGCCGCUGCACUGCCCACCAGCCCCCCCGUCCCAGGGAAGAUGACGACGAAGGACAAGAAGCUGCUGAAAAUGAUCCUGGUGAUCUUUGCAUCCUUUGUGGUGUGCUACCUGCCCAUCACGGUCAGCAAGACAUUCCACUCGGUCACCAACCUGCACGGGCUCAACAUCGCUGGCUACAUCCUCAUCUACCUGUCCACAUGCAUAAACCCCAUCAUCUAUGUCGUCAUGAGCUCAGAGUACCGCCAGGCCUACAAAAACCUGCUCAUGUGCCGUGCCUCGUCUGGAGGUGGAGCGACACCCGGCGGAGGCGGUUCUGGGGCGGGGGCGGGACAGCAGCCGCAGCGGCAGGACAACAACCUGAUGGAGCUGGCGGCGGCAGGGACAGCCGGCCGCUGCGGGUCACAGCGAGCAUGACGGUGACGCCGGAGGCCGUGGUGGCGACGGGGGCGCCACCCCCAUCCCCACAGGGAGCUCGCGUCGGCUGCGGGCAGCGGCAGUGGGCGCAAGACUUAGUCGGCGUGGCCUCCCUGCAGUGGGUGAGGGACGGGCCGACGGACACAAAACUUGGACGCCGGCACUGCGGAUGUGUCAUUCCUCUGUGAUGGGUGAGGGAGUGCCAAGUGUUGACCGCCUCACAGGUCUCCAUGUACUGCCACACAGCAGAAAUGGUCAUCAGUGAACAUGUCACUCGUGUUAGUGUUGUACAGUUUUCUCUUCAGUUGUAUGCCUCAACCUACCGUGAGAGCUGAGGGCAGUGAGCUGUUGUGGGACUUAAAUUUUGUGAUAAACGGUGACAGAAACACCUCUGCUUUCAUGUUCGGUUGUCCAUAUUUUGUAACUUGGACACUUUCAAGUUAUACAAUGAAAGAGCUGUCCAGAUCCAGUUUUGUGUAUGUAAAACAACUGUAACACCAGGAAAAAGUUGGGAAUGACAACUCUCACUUCAGUGUCUUUGUACACAAUGUUGUUUAUUUUCUUGCAGAAACUCAAGCUUUUGAACAUCAUCUCCAUGACUUUUGACAGGAGCAACUGACUACUGUGGUGCCCUCUUAUACAGCUUCUGAUCGGUUAGUGGACAUCAUCAUUAUUUCAUUCUGUCAAAGUUUGUGUGUAGAGGCCUGCACUGGUGGUGCCACUACCCGUGUAGUGGCGUAAAUAAAUUGCCCAAUUUCUUCGCAUCAAGGGCUCCCUGUAAUGUACUACUAAGAUUAUAUAGCUGCUAACCCAGCUGAAGUAGUAGUGGCACAUUGUAAUUUCUACUGCCUUUUUAAUGACAGAAUCCCAUUAUGAGUAAGCAAUGGACAAGACAGUUUCACUGAACAGUAUUUGUCAUGCUGUGCUCAGCAACUGGUCGUUUCCCAAGUUUUACUGCACUGUUGAUACUCUGCACAGCAGUCAGAAAUGGUAGAGAUGGACUGAUUGUGAGUAUAUCAAUCAGUCAUGUACGUAGCAGGGACUGUGAGACCAUGUGUGCAUCAUCUCAUUUAUCUACUGAAAUCAUCAUAAAAUAGUUUUUAUGUCUCAUAUUCCAAGGACCCUACCAGUUUGGCUGGAUAUAACACCGCAAGACAGAAGGAGCAUAAUAAGUAGAUCGUCACACGAUUGUUCAAAAUUAUCACAUUUUUGUUUCUUUCAGACCAGGUACUUCAGAUCGUUAAUCUCAGAAUAUAAAAAGAUAAUUCUGUGUCUGACCAUCGGAAUCAGGUGUGGCUGUGUUCAUCAACACAAUGCUCUGUUCACGACUAGAUGACAAAAUAAACUUUACUGUGUGCCAGAUAGUAACGAAAUAGGUGAACCUACCUAAUUGCCGCAGAAAUUUGUAUCAGCUUUUUGGUGGUGUAUAUGCGAUUCAGUAAACCUCCGUCAUCAGCUUCUGUGAGAAAUGUACGACAAAAGAGAAUUAAGUUUCUCAUGAACAGGGAACCAACAGCUCACCACAUAUUAUUAGAAUGCAAAGUAACAAUGCAUACCAAGAAUAACCAAAUGAGGUAAUACUGUCAGAUUUUGUGCUGAAAUUUAUCAUGCAGAAGUGACAAUGGCCAAAUGCAGUUUCAUAUUGAAGAAAUGUGGACUGUUCACCCAAUUUCCAGAACUGGAAUGUAGUCACUUCCCUGAACAUACACAGCCACAUGGAAGGAUUUGUUGGUGCUUAAGUUUUUUGUCAUGAUGUGAUGACUGCUUUUGUGUUCACGUUGGUUUAUUUCCCUUACUGAUACAGCUAAUUGAUAUUUAAGUAUGUUUGAAUUAUCUGUUGUAGUUUUAUCUCAGUAUGAAAAAAAUCGCUUUAUUGCACUUCCAUUUUUCAGAAUUAUGCUCAGUGUCCUCUCAUCAACAUUUUGUUUUUAAAACAUGAGAAAAAGCUUAGCUGGAGUGAGCUUAAGCAUUUGAUCAAAUAUGUUUUCAAACCAAAUAGUUCACCUGUAGUUUCAGUCUCAUGGAAGUGUACUUGAAAGACUGAAUAAAUUGGCGCAGCAUUGAGGACAAUGAUUGUACAGAUUCCCCAUGUAGGUUUUUCUUUGAUUUCCAUAAAUGUCCUAAGAUGAAUGCAAAGAUUGCUCCUUUGAAGGACACAUCUGAUUCCCUUCUCCAGUCUCAACUUGUGUUUCAUCUCUAAUGGCCUUCUCCUCAAUGAAACGUUACACAUUUAGGGUCCUUUUAUCUCUCCUAACUGAGAGAACAGAUGUUCAGGGAGACAAAAUAUACAAAUUAUAAUGUACUUGUUAUGCACAAGGAAAUUGGUUUGAUUGCUAUGCAAAAAUUAGGAUAUGAUAUAUGUCAAUAAAACUUGACAACAUGUUCUUUAUUGGUUAUUUUUUCUUAGUAGAUUGUGCAGCUUUCUUUUCUAAUAAUCUGUAAUGAAGUGUGAAUAUGCUGUUUAAGCAAGUACAGAAAGAAUUGUGUUAGUUUGUUCUAUUUCUACCAUAGAAUGCGAUGGUGACUGUCCAUUGAAAUGCAUCGUUUAUAUCUAAUGUGGAAGAAUAAAGAUGUUUCAUUGUGUAAGUGCAGCAUGAUCACUGGUGUCUUUGGAGACUAUAAUAAGCGUUUUACAGUUCUUUAUCUGUACAAAUUUCUUUGUGAAAACUGCAACUGUUUUACCUUUUACAUGCAUGUGAAUCACAUCCUAUGUCAUUAAACAUCACCAAUGUCCAAUCUUAAUAUUUUGUAGUGAAAGUUCAAAGGGUAAAUAUUUACAGACUAAUAAAGAUGUGACCCAUUUACAUGUGCAUGUAUUACUGCAUACCACAUAGGUGCAUUCCAAGAAUAAUUACAGUAAGUAUUUAAUCUCAAUGAUAUUAAUGAUUUCACCAAUGACUUAUUUUUGUGGUCGAUAUCUCUUCAUACAAAUGUCUUAGUGCGUAGCUCGAUGUGUAAUCAGUCAUAAAAGUUAGCUGUUCCGAAACAUCAAGUGCAGGCUCUAGAUUUUUAGGUUUCUGUUUCUUUAUGGAAUUGCCCUGCUCUCAUCUCUUUGCUUGAAAAUUACUAAAUGUAUGGUCGGAAGACAAUUAUGUGCAAUUUGGGGAAAAUGUAUGCAGAGAUGCAUAAUGUAGUUAGAACAGGGUAAAAUCUUAUUUUUAUAUUAAGUGUGGGCUGGGUUACCCAAGAAGACCAAUGAUUACUUAUAAGUAAAGAAAAUUGAAAAUGCUAUCAAAGGAGAAGGCAAAAAUCUGGUAUCAUUACAUUUGUAAAGAACUGAAAUAAUUGUCAUUUAGCUUUUUUAAACUAUGUAGUUUAAGUCCUACUUGCCUCAGAAAUGUGUAACAUAUUUUAUAUAACUGCAAGAUUGCAAA